GCAGCUCCUCCCAACAUGUCCCUCAAGGAGCAUGGGCUGCACCUCUUCCGCAGUGCUGUCGGCACCGUCCUGCCAGGUCCCAUGCUGAAGGCGGCCCUGGUGCUUGAAACAGGCGGACACCCCAGGCUUGUAGUCCACGGUCGGUCUUUUGAACUGAGGAGGAACUUGUAUCUGGUUGGCGUUGGGAAGGCUGUCCUGGGCAUGGCAGCGGCGGCAGAAAGCAUCCUUGGCGACCACCUUGUUAGAGGAAUUGUUAGUGUUCCUCAGGGCAUUCAGGCAACUCUGCAGCACAAAGGAAUGAGGGAGAUGUUGCUGAAGCCCCAGAGUCGCAUCCAAGUCAUGGAAGGAGCUAAGCACAACCUUCCCGACAGAGAGUCUCUGAAAGCAGCCAGUGCCAUCCAGGAAUUGGCUGAGGGCCUGACGGCAGAGGACCUUCUUCUAGUGCUGAUCUCGGGAGGGGGUUCUGCACUGUUGCCUGCCCCUGCCCCACCAGUCACCCUUGAAGAAAAGGAGACUGUUACCAAGCUCCUAGCUUCAAAAGGAGCCACCAUUCAAGAGCUUAACACCAUUCGGAAAGCGCUGUCUGUGUUAAAAGGUGGAGGGCUGGCACGGGCUGCCUUCCCAGCACAGGUGCUGAGCCUCAUCCUUUCCGAUAUCGUCGGGGAUCCUGUGGACCUUAUAGCCAGCGGCCCCACUGUCGCUAGUCCUCCCAGAGCCCAGGACUGUUUCCAGAUACUGGCCAAAUACAAUCUAAGUAAUGUCGUGCCGGAGUCGGUGCAGACAGUGCUCUCCAGCCCGGCUGCAGAGCGUGGCCCUCCUAGAGACUCUGCCCGUGUCCACAACGUCAUCAUUGGCUCAAACAGACUUGCUUUGGAGGAAGCCAAACGCCAGGCAGAGAAUUUGGGCUACCUGACUCUGGUUCUGAGCGAUGCAGUGUGUGGGGAGGUCAGCUCUGUCGCCUGCCUCUACAGCCUUUUCAUCCAGCUGGUUUGCUUGAGAGCUGCUGGAAACGACCCUUUAAAAGGCAAGGUGGGAGAAGCUCUGUUGAAUCUUGCAGCGGAGCUGGAGAUUCCAAGCUUGAAUCUUGUGGACGCUGUAAAUGUUUUGCAAGGAUCCCAAGCAGAAAGACCCGUUUGCCUCCUGGCUGGCGGGGAGACCACGGUGCAGCUUGAAGGAACGGGGAAAGGUGGGAGGAACCAAGAACUGGCCCUGCGGGUGGCCUUGGAGCUGCACAGGGCGAAGUCAUCCGGCCAUGGCAGCUCCCUUGAGAAGUAUGAAGCCGUGUUCCUGAGCGGAGGCACCGAUGGACAAGACGGGCCCACGGAGGCAGCUGGAGCCUUCUCUAGUCCAGAGCUGGUGGGCGAGGCCGAGCAGGAAGGUUUCGACGUGGAGGCCUUUUUGAGCAGUAAUGAUUCGUACACCUUCUUCUCCAGGUUCCAAAACGGUCGUCACCUGCUGAUGACAGGCCUGACAGGCACAAAUGUCAUGGACAUUCACGUUGUCUUGAUCAGAGCCAGAGGUGGUUAG